CAGCUGAGUGGGAGCCCUAGCCGCACACAAAUAAUCCAGCGACUCUAUCUCCCUCAAUCUCCCCCUCUCUCGCGACUCUCUCUCUCCAAUCGACCCACCGCACCACCACACCCCUCUCUUGCCUCCCUCUGUCGACUCCCUUUUUCUCCCUCCAACCAAACCUUAAGUCCCCGUGGGACCUCUCUGCGUCGACGGCAGACAAUCCGUUUCACUUCAGUCAAGAUCAGCAGGCGGCGGCGAAGGGAGUUUUCCGACAGCAGUAGUGGCCAAGUGAUUGUUGCUUCAGCAACAGUUGUUUAAGCCCAUAUGUGUUGCCGUGUGGAUUUUCGAUGGCGAAUCAGAGUGUUUGCAUCAAACGGAGCAAUGGUGGGAAACCAACAAAGGGAACUGCAUUUUGAUGAGUGGGUGGCCCUUCAUCGGUGAUCAGAGCAAAGGUUCGACCUCCUCAACAAGCAAUGUUGGGAUUGUGAUACAUGACAAGCAAAACGUCAAUGGCAUCUGUAGCAAUGGACGAUGGAAGACAAGAAUUGACUCAACCAAAACAAAUGUCAAAGGGAAAGAAAAGGCAACCUAUGCCAUGGGAAAUGAAAAUGAACGGAUUCAACCUCUUCGAGACAGAAAUAUUGGAAUAGUAAUCCGCAAUGAGUGGGACCACGAUAUCAUCCAUGUUGGGAAUGGAAAGGAAAAUUCACGGGUAUCUUUUAUCUUUCUUUUGGUAGUUUUAAAAAAUAUCCGGAGUCAAAUAGCAAAUUGUGGAGCAUCUCUAAAUUACACCUUUGUCUUCUUUGAGUCUAAUUGAACUUACCCGAUUUAAUAGCAUGGAAAGGUAGCGAUUUUCCCAAUUUGGUAUCUGCAAUUGCAGCACAUGAUUUUGAGAAUGGCUGGAAAGGAUUAGUACUCACUACUUAGGCUUGAAGCCAAUAUCCUAUCUUUUGAAGCAUUUUAUUGAGAUUGUUAAGUUCAAUGCUUCUUUGAUCCAUGGCGUGACCAUUUGUUAUGUCCUUCGCUAGGUUGUUAAUAACAGCGAGAGAGUAAUUGCAGAAACUAACCCAUUCUAAUGAAGCCAAGGAUUUGGACCACAUGAAAUUUUGAUAUGAGAGUUGAUAAAGCUAUUUGAUAUGGUACCAUCAAAUGGGAGAUUGGCCUAAAGCAAAAUUAGUAAUCAUUUACUUAGCAUUCAAUCAUUUUGGGGAUAGAGAAACUUCAGGUUUAGCAUUUGUGGUGGGGAUUUUGGACCAAAUGGAAUUCAAGGCUUCCUCAUUCAAUAUUGAAGUGAUAUUACCAAUUUUUUUGUUUGUCCUUUUUUAUAUUCCAUCAAAGUUAGGUAUAACAUUUUAUUUUAUUUUGCUUUGUUGUUUAGUGGUGAUUUUCCACAUUCAUAUAAAGACUAACUCCUUCCUCACUCGAACCACAGGUGGUUGUGCUAGCUCAGAAGGACGCAUUUGGACCAAAUGAAUUGUUAUAGUGAUACUAAUUAGUAACCGGUAAGGACACAUUUGGAAAAAGUCAAAUUUGACUGAUUAUUAACCUUAGUAAAAGGUUAGUCUAAGCAUCAAAGUCAUCAACUUUAUGGGUAGUUUGAAAGUGAGUAGUUUAUAGGUAAUUUGAAAGUGGAGUUGGAGCUUAGGGGUUAAUGAUAUUUGAAGACAAUAAGACUAUGCGUUUUUGUUAUCGAAUAGAGCUACUUUUUUUUUG